UCAAUAGAAAACGGCCAAGACAUCGUCCCGAUUGGUCCGAAAUGAUGAAGGAGGUAGAAAGUGGUAGAAAACUUCGACAUGUCGAAUGCAAUGAUAGAUCUCAACCCAUACUUACAUGCAAAUCCAUGACAAAGGUGGACAAUAAAUUCAUCUACGAAACAGAAAAGGAAAAUUCCCACAACAAAUUGUUGCAACAAAUUCAAUCGGGUGUACGAUUAAAGCCAACACAGACCAAUGAUCGUAGUAAACCGUUUAUUGAGGGCUUGCGCAAAUUCCGGCGACAAAUGACCAUUGAGGAACAAUUGCAAAAGUCUCAGUCGAAAAUUAAUAUGUUGGCAAAUGCUGCUGGUGGAACGGCGGCCACCGAUGGUGCUGCCUCCAUUGCUGGCAGCAAUUUAUCACGAGCCGGUAGUAUUGUCUCUGCUUUAUUGGACGGUUCCAGCGGCGAUGAAUUGGAUGACAUCGAUAAGAUUCGUGAUGAUCUACAAAGUACCAAACAAAUGUUGGCCCUUGAGCUGCGUAAUCGUGAGGCUCAAGAACGUGAAAAUAAGAAAUUAUUAGCCAAAAUUGCCACCCUCGAAGCGGAAUUGGAACGUGAGAAAUCACGUGAAAAAACCUUGGAAUAUGGUUCAAGAAUUAUUGUGGCCACAAUGGAAACAACACCAGCCUCAGAGGAGGCCUAUGUUAAUUCGUUGAAAAAAGAAGCCGAAGAAUCAAAGAAAACAUCUAAAGAUUUGGAAAGUAAGUAUUUGGAGACGAGCGAAUUGCUGGAUCAGGCCAAGAGUGAAAUUGAGGAACAGAAACGACAAAUACAAGCAUUGGAAAGGAAAUUGGCACAAGCAUUACAGGGCGGCUAUGAUUCUAGACGGCCUAGUGAUGCCCUUAAUGGCUUGGACAGUCCACCUGAAUUUGAGCCAGAAAGUGAAAGUGAUCCCGAUGAGCCCGAAGAGAAGAAGAUUGCCCGACGUGAACGACGUCUCAACAAAGAAGUUAAGGCAUUGCGCAGUAAACUCACCAAGGUCAAGGUGAAACAAGAGGCGGCACGCAAAGAAAAGGCAGCAUUAAAGGAGGCGAUGAAAAAGAAUCAUGUCAUACUCAAGGAAGAAAAGAAAAAGUUCAAGAAAUUGGAAAAGGAAGUACACAAAAUGGCUGCAUCCAUGAAAGAAGAUAUGGAUCUUGAUGAUGAUGAAGAAAAGGACGAGGCCGAAGAUAAGGAAGAAAGUGAAGAUGAAUCGGAGGAAGAAACCGAGGAGGAAUCCGAGGAAUCAGAAUCGGAGGAAAGUGAAAAUGAAACAGAAAGUGAAUCAGAGGCAGAGGAUGCCACCAAUCAAGCCAAGAAGGAUAAUUUGGAACCACGUCUCAAGAAACACGAAAGCCGUCUGAAUGCCAUGAAGAAAUGUAAUGUUUUGUUGCAGGCCAACGUUGAUAAUUUACAAGAUGAAAUACAUCAAGUCCGUUCCAAGGCAUCCAAUCUACAAAGCGAACUGGAUGCUGUUCUAGCCGAUUUAGGUUUUUAAAUACACCUG